AUGGAGAAGCGUAAGCUCAAUGUGCUGACCGUUGCCAAAAGAGUGGAUAUUAUUGAAGAAUAUGAGUCAAGUGGCGCCAAAGUAUCGGAAAUUGCAAAGAGGUUCCAGGUUCCUCAAAGUACUGUUUCGACGAUCCUGAAAAAUCGUGAAAAAUGGCGAAAAAGGAAGCUUGAAAAUGGGAACUUGCGGGAAAAAAGGGCUAAGGCCCCCAUGAACGAGAAUCUAGAGCGAGCUCUGUUAAUUUUUGUGAGUCAAGCUAGACAGAACGAUAUUCCGCUGUCAGGGAUGCUUAUACGCGAGAAAGCAUGCCAAUUGGCAGAAAGGCUUAGUGUUACCGGUUUCAAGGCUAGCAGUGGUUGGUUAUUCAAAUUUUUGAAGAGGCACCAGAUUUCGUUUAAAAAAAUAUGCGGUGAAAGCGCGGCCGUCGACUCGAUUAUGGCUGAGAACUACAUGACAAAUAUCCUACCGGGCUUGAUUAAAGAAUACGAGCCCAUGGAUAUUUACAAUGCCGAUGAAACUGGAUUUUUUUAUAAAUGCUUGCCGGAUAAGACAUACGCAUUUAAGUCCGAAUCAUGCCAUGGAGGAAAGUACUCGAAGCAAAGACUUACAGUUCUUUGCGCAACAAACAUGGAUGGAACUGAUAAAUUACCUUUACUGGUCAUCGGCAAAAGUAGAAAUCCGCGAUGCUUCAAGAAUGUCAAAUCUAUUCCAGUGGCCUACAGAGCAAACUCCAAAGCUUGGAUGACUUCCAUGCUUUUCGAAGAAUGGAUCCUGGAAUUCGAUAAAAGGAUGAUCGAAGAGAAGCGGAAGGUCUUAAUGUUUGUGGACAACUGCUCGGCACAUCCCAAAUCCGUUGAAACGAAACUGAAAGCAGUGAAGCUCGUAUUGUUUUCACCAAACGCAACUUCCGUGUUGCAACCAUUGGAUUUGGGAAUCAUUAAGACACUGAAACAUUCUUACAGGCAUAAGCUGUUCAAAGGAAGAAUCCACACCAUGGAAACUAAUCAGGUAAGCAGUUGA